AUGGAUAAAAACUUAGAAGAAGACGCCGAUAUCUCAAAGACUUAUGAACGAUGGGUCUCGACUCGUCCAAAGCCUUACUUUUCGUUCAGUAUAAAUCCUCGAGGAUGGAUAUACUGGUGGUGGACGUGCAUCGUAUCAAUAGCUUGCUCUUACAAUUUAAUUUUUACAACCCUUAUUGUAUAUGAAGAAAUACAAGAUCACUUUUAUCUAUACUGGAUUUUGGGUAAUAUAGUGUCUGAUGUCAUAUUCAUACUUGACAUGAUAGCGUUAUCCUUACUGAAUUUCUAUGAGAACGGUUGUGAGAUUGUCGAUUGGGGCUCGACAAAAAUCAAUUAUAUAGAAAGCUGGAAGUUCUUAGUUGAUUCGGCAGCCAUCUUACCUACAGAUUUACUACUUUUCACGGCUCCUCACUUUUCACUUCUGCGUAUUAAUCGAUUCUUGAAAAUCUAUCGAUUCGCUGAACUUUUCGAAAUGGCGGAGCAGAAGUUACCUAGGGGAAUCGUUUCUAUUUUCAAAGUAAUUGGUAUUUGCACAAUAAUGUUUCACUGGAACGCUUGCGGAUUUUAUAUUUUGAGUUUAAUAAGCAACGAGAACAGUAAAGACAUUUCUAAUGCCACUUUUGAUGAUGAUACUCUGUGGCCAUGGCCAUAUCUGCCACAGAAAGUAACGAACUUUUAUUAUCCAACCUGUUCACACUUUGCAAGAACUUGUGAUUACUCUGUAUUCUAUACAGAUGAGGAACGAGAAGCACAUUUUUGGGAUUUGUACGAUAUAUGGAAGAAUCAGUCUCUUUUCAUUACAUUCUCGGAUUUCACGAAAAAGUACUCAGUGUCUAUAUACUGGUCUGCGCUAACUAUGACAACUCUUGGAGAACAACCAUCUCCAAAUGAAACAUAUCAAACUGCCUUUGAAAUAUUCGAUACGGUUAUUGGAAUAGUCAUUUUCGCUGCAAUUAUGGGGAGUGUGGGAGACUUAGUUCAGAAUUCAAAUAAAGUUGAGACAGAAUGGCGUCAGUUGAUGGACGGACUGAAGCAGUAUAUGGAUUAUAGACACUUAGACGUCGAUUUGCAAAAAAGGAUUCUCAUGUAUUGCGAAUACGAGAUGAACAAGAAAGAGUUAAUGAAAGAGUUAGAAAUUAAAACAAACCUGCCUGUCAAGUUGCAUUCGAAACUUAAUUCUGGUCUUCAUUGGAAUACUCUGGCGAAAACUGAUUUUUUCAAGGAUAUUGAAGUGCCUUUUCUUCAAGAUUUGAUGUCUUAUGCAGUUCCCAUGGAUUAUGGCCCUGGUGAUGUGAUCUUCACAGUUGGUGAUAUUAAUAAAGAAAUGUACAUCGUGCUCUCGGGAGAGUUGAGCUAUCUUGAUCUUCAAACAAGCACACGUUCACAUUUUACACAUUUGGAUGUAAUAGGAGAACGACAACUGGUUUGGUUUGAAAACCACAAACUUGGCAAUCGUCGAGGUGGAAUCUUAUCAUCCGAAGAAUAUUCGGAGGUAUUAAUUCUGUCAAGGGCAGACUUCAAUUUGGUUCUCGAGGAUUAUCCUUGUCUGCGGAAACUUUUCAUAAAACGUGCAUUUGAUUUACAAUCACGCUUUGUGGAGCUACGUAAUGAAACUUUUCAAUUGGCAAAUGCCACAGAUGGAUUACGAUUAGAAGAUAAGUUGGAUUACAUUAAAAAACAAAUGGAGAAUUUUGAAAGAGAUGUAAAUAGGCAAAUUAAAAGAUUCAUUAACUCAUCAAGAGAUAUGAAGACGCGAUUGUAUAAACUUGAAAACAAUUUUCCGGGCAAACAUCGUCGGAAAAAGAUUUGA